AUGGCAAUGAAGUUCUGGCACGAUCUCCGCCGGCAUAUCGAGAGUCAUUUGUCGAGUCUGGCUCUGUUUCACAAGACGGAUUGUGACCAAGAGAGGCUCUUACCUGCCCCAGCGACCUAUGGAACGAGCUUGGCCGGUCCCUGGAACUCCAACCAGACCAAACUUCAGAACUCACGACAACGAUCGUGGUUCUCAAUCGAACGACUCCGUCUUCUUCUCGUCCACACAUGGCUUUCCAAAACUGCAUAUCUCAGACAGUUUGGCGUCCUCAUUCCUUACAUCUACCCUUCGAGCGACUGGAAGACACAAAUGAGCAUGUUGACGAUGGUUCUUGUCUUUUUCAAGGACCGCACCUUACAGGUGUUCAUACCACGCCAAGUGGGUAUGAUUGUGGACAGCAUUCACUCGGAGUCCAUCAAUGAGUGGGAGACCAUCAUUAAAGUUUGUUCCUGGAUGUCUCUUAAAGUUCUGCUUGACUUUAGCCUUCCAGAGGAAGCAGCUGCGAUACGAGUCUCCCAAGGCGCAAUGAAGAAGAUAGCUGGAUCUUUCCACGCCCACAUCUUGAACCUUUCUGCGGACUUCUUUCGUAGCGAACGAUCCACCGACCUCAUUGGGGCUCUCAACGAUGGUCAGGACGUCAGUUUUAUGAUUGAGGAUAUGAUUUUGAGGUUGGCUCCCGUGGUGAUCGAUCUUGUUGUUGCCAUGAUCUAUCUCUACUAUACCAUUAAUGGUUGCGUCACACUGGCAAUUUUCUUGUCCAGUGGCACCUAUAUGAUCUUGGGGCAUUAUGGAACAUGUUGGCUGUCCGAACCAAACAGAUCUUAUCUUGAGAAGCGUCGACAAUACCAACAUGAAUUGCAAGAAUCGAUCCAGAAUCGGCAAACCAUUGUGUACUUCCGCCGACAAGAUUCCGAAUCUCGCAGAUUCUUGGAAACAUUGACCGAAUUUUUUAGGAGAGAAGGAAUAUAUUUUAUCGGAUACAUUUGCGUAUCCAAUGCCCAGGAAGUGUUUCUGAACAUGGCGCUGUUCGGAGCGGCUUUUGCCACGAUAUUGGGGACCAAGAAAGAGGCGGAAGCUUCCAGCUUCAUUGUCCUGGUCACUUACUGGAUUGGAAUAUCCAAAAACCUCAAAGGACUCACCAAGAGUUUACGAGAUUCUGGGCAGAAGCUGGUGGCUACAGAGAAGCUCGCCAAUGUAUUCGACGCAAAACCUACUGUGAUCAGCGGAGACUCACAGUUAGUUACACGAGCUGGGGACGUUUCAUUCAAGGAUGUUUGCUUUACAUAUCCCGGACUAACUGACGGACUUGACAACAUUACCUUCGAAGUUCCCGGUGGAUCGACCGUGGGAAUUGUGGGCGAAAGCGGUGGAGGCAAAUCCGCCCUUGUCAACCUCUUACUUCGACAGGACGACCCUACCAGUGGCACCAUUAGGAUUGAUGGUCAAGAUAUUCGGGAUGUCACACUGGCCAGUCUGAGAGAGACGGUUGGAAUUGUGUCUCAAGAUUCUUUCAUCUUUGACCGUUCUAUCUUGGAGAAUGUUCGGUUCGGGAGGCUCGACGCCAGCGAUGAAGAAGUGAGAGAAGUCUGCAAGGUGGUGGGACUCCAUGAUUCGAUCAUGAAAUUUGGAGAGGGUUACGAGACAAAAGCAGGUGAGAGAGGCAAACGAUUGUCCGGUGGACAGAAACAGCGAAUUGCUAUGGCUCGGGUCCUUUUGAGGCGACCAAAGGUGAUGAUCCUCGAUGAACCUACAUCGGCCGUUGACUCUAUCACUGAAGCUCGAAUGAUGAACGCUGUCGACAACGUUAACUCGAAUGGUCCGCCCACCAAGAUUGUUAUUACUCAUCGACUCUCGACCAUCAAAAAGGCAGAUCUCAUUAUUGUGCUUCGUAAGGGUCGCAUAGAGGAGAUGGGAACCCACUCCGAGUUGAUCGAAAAAGAAGGAAUGUAUCAUGCCCAUUGGUCGUCCCAAUUGCAAUCAGUAGUGGUAUAA